CGGGCGCCGCGUGGUUUUGCGCGUUGCAUUGCGGGAGCUCCUUCCUUUCCUCGCGGCCCGGCCAUCUUGGAGGUGCCUCUCUGGUAACGGCGGAGCCGACGUGAGCCGACAGGAUGGUGGCCGCCAAGAAGACGAAAAAGUCCCUCGAAUCCAUAAACUCUAGACUUCAGCUGGUUAUGAAAAGUGGUAAAUACGUACUGGGAUACAAGCAGACUCUGAAGAUGAUCCGACAGGGCAAAGCCAAGUUGGUCAUCCUAGCCAACAACUGCCCAGCUCUAAGGAAAUCAGAAACUGAAUACUAUGCUAUGUUGGCCAAAACUGGUGUGCACCACUACAGCGGUAACAAUAUUGAAUUGGGUACAGCUUGUGGAAAGUACUACAGAGUGUGUACACUUGCCAUUAUUGACCCAGGUGAUUCUGACAUCAUUAGAAGCAUGCCAGAGCAAACCAGUGAGAAGUAGAUAUUGCUGAACUUUACAUUUUGUGUAAUAAAACUGGUUACAAAUCUA